CAACAACAGGCUGCGGCAGGCUUAUUUUUUUGGAAAAGGGACAUGCCCAAGACGUCACAGUAUUAUAUUCUGGGUCCAAGUUAUCCCGUUUUUAAGCGCAGGCACACUUUGUUCCAGUUCACUUUCAGUAGCUAGUUUCAAUAAACUGUUAUUUGAAGAGGGAAUUUGUAUCCCACACGUCAUGUCUCUUGCUGGGGAAGUUUGUCUCAUUACUGGAGCGUUUGGAUUCCUGGGACAAAAAAUUAUCCAGCUUCUGCUGCAGGAGGAUGAGCUUGCAGAGAUCAGGCUCCUUGACAGGCACGUCAGGCUUGAUAUACUUGAAUCUUUGGAAGAGUUUCGUGGCCAAACCAAGCUGACUGUGUUUGAGGGGGAUAUCAGAGAUGCAGAGCUCCUCAAGAAAGCAUGCCAGCAUGUCAGCCUUGUGAUCCACACAGCUUCGCUCAUUGAUGUCACUGGAGCUAUAGACGAAAGGGAACUAAAAGAAGUGAAUGUAAAAGGUACCCAGUUCUUGCUGGAAGCCUGUAUACAAGAGAAUGUGAAAACCUUCAUCUACACCAGCAGCAUUGAGGUGACAGGUCCAAACACCCGGGGAGACCCUGUGAUCAAUGGGAAUGAAGACACAGUUUAUUCAUGCACCUUGAAAUUUCCCUACAGCAAGACCAAGUUCCAAGCUGAACAGUUGGUUCUACAGGUCAAUGGGGAGGUUCUCAGAAGUCAAGACAAAAUGGUGACAUGUGCCCUGCGGCCCAUGUACAUCUAUGGGGAAGGCAGUAAGUUCCUUUUGGGCCACAUGGAUAAUGGAAUCAGAAACAGGGGCAUAUUAUUACGUCGCUCCAAAAAGGAGUCUGUUGUGAACCCAGUGUACGUAGGCAAUGUAGCCUGGGCCCAUAUUUUAGCAGCCAAAGCUAUGAGGGAUCCCAAGAAAGCUGCCUUGAUUGGUGGUAGGUUCUACUUCAUCUCAGAUGACACUCCACAUGUAAGCUACUCAGAUUUCAUCCACAUCGUGUUAAAGCCAUUGGGGUUCGGGAUUCAGGAGAGGCUCGCUCUCCCUCUGCCACUGCUGUUGUUUCUCGCACUCCUUCUGGAGAUGGUGCAGGUCUUUUUGAAACCUUUUGUGAAGUACACUCCCAGAAUGAAUCGCCAGCUUCUCAUCCUGCUCAACACGCCGUUUAGCUUCACCUAUAAAAAAGCACAAAGGGAUUUUGGUUACACUCCAAAGUACAGCUGGGAGGAUGCUAGGACCAUUACCACCACUUGGCUUGAAUCUGUUUUGCCACAGCACCGUGCACUUCUGAAAACACAUUAACAGCAUUAGACAGUGGUCAGUUCUUUACAGGUUUGUUGGUUCUUGUCAUUUACUUUUUUUUGUUUGUUUUAUUGAUUGCGAUAACUAAAGCCUGUAAGGAAUUCCAGCCUGACGUAUUGUGGGCUGCUAUGGUUAAACAAUUUCUGAUCACCCCCAAAUCUUAGUAAGAAACAUAAAUGAAUAUCUAAGGCAUUUAGAUUCUCAGACCUGCACCUGUAGGAGUUUCUCCAGUAGCACCAGAUCCCAGUCACAGACUUUGCACCAAGUUCCUCUUUGUUGAUGUAAAUUCUUUAAACAAGUAGUGUUAUUUUGUAGUAACAAAAAGAAGCAUGUACCAUUAUCAAAUAAAAUUGUAAAAA